UGUUUGAAGUUGUCUCGUUGACUUUGAAAUGUGAUGUCGUAUGAGCCCGAACGGCGCGAACUUCUGCGGAUGACCGCCGAGUACUGCAAAAGCUAAAGCUCCCCUAUUAUGGUGUAUCCCAGUUCAGCCCUGCAGUCAGACAGCAGUGGUGGUCUGGAAGACCUAGAGGCCCAGCUGGCCAGUAAAGAGAAGGAAUGGAAGGAGCUGUCUCCAAGGGUUCAUCAACUGGAGAGUUCCUUCAAAAAGGCCUAAGAGGAGUGCUGCUCUCUCAGAUACCUCACCUCCAUGAGCCCCAAGAGAAGGAAUGGAAGGAGCUUCUGUCUGCAAGGGUUCAUCAACUGGAGAGUUCCUUCAAAAAGGCCCAAGUGGAAUGCUGCUCUGUCAGACAACGUCAUGAAGCCUGUGAUGGAAAUCGUCAACUACAUCCACACACAUGCGCUUAACCACAGGCAAUGCAAAAAUCUCAUCGCUGAGAUGGACCAAGGCCUUCCAGGUGAACUGCCGCUGCACUGCACUGUGAGGUGGCUGUCAAAAGACAAGGUACUUUGUUGCUUCUUUGAGCUUUUGGAUGCCGUGAAACUGUUCGAGGAAGAGAAGGACAAGCACUAUCCCGAGCUCUCAGACCUCAAGUGGAUUAUGGAUCUGGCUUUUUUGGUGGACAUGCUGUGUCACUUGGACAGACUGAACCUGACCCUGCAGGUAUGCCUCUCUCUGCAUGAAAUGGCACUUGUUGAAGUGCAGCUUCAGGCCCGCUGCCCUGAUCCCUUCCAGCACCAGCCGCAGGGACCCCAGAGCAGCCUCAAAGGAGUUGCUGUGCACCAGGAGGACGUUGACUGCAGAGCAGGGCACCCCUUCCAGGGUAGCCGGGACGUAGCCAGAAUGCCCCAUACCGGCAUGUCCCACCACAACAACCAGCCCCACAGAUGUGUUGUUCACCACCUCUGGGCAAAGUGGAGCCUGGCUCCCCUUCUGUGCGCUGGGGCUCCUCCUGCUGGCAGCGGGGCUUGGAAAGCCAAAGUUGGCAUUGGGACCGCAAGAGGAUCUGCACAAACGGCAUACUCCAAGCUGCCAGUCAGACCAGAGGGGGAACCGAAAGUGAAAGAGUCGGACGAAGGGAGGGAUGAGAGCCGGCAUAAGGAUGACUGGAAAACUGACCAAUCUGGCCUUCAGUACAACACUCUGCAACUGGAUAGGAGAGUUCACAUUGUCAGUCACACCUCCUCUACAUCAGUGUUCAACAUCGGAGCCCACCAGGACUGUGAGCUCAGCCCCCUCCUGUUCACACUGCAGGAGGAACUGAAGCAGCUCAACAUGCAGGUUGCCCAGCUGGAGAAGCGGAAAGUGAAUGAGGAGAGGCAGGAGCAGCUUAGGCACAUGUCUCUGUUUGGCUGGAUGAUAGCUCUGUGGCUGGAGAAAUUCAAUACAAAACAAGAGAUGGAAGAAGAGCUGAUCCUACAGAGACAGGAAAUCACAGCAGCUUUUGACAGUCAGCUCAGAAAGCAGAAGCAUGAGUUCAACUUAAAAACAGAUGAGAUGUGUGCUGUGGUGUUGUCUCAUGAUCUCAAGGUGAAGCUGUUGUCUCAAGAGACUGAAAUUCACUGCCAGGCUAAGCAUCAGGCUACAGAGGCUCUCAAAGCUUCGAAGGAGUUUUGUCAACAGAUACAAACCCAGCUGCAAUAUAAAGACCAGGAGAUGAAAGUUCUCACCGCUGUCAAGGACUACAAGAUAAAGAAGCUUGAGGAUGAGCUAAAAUGGAUGAAGACCAAACUGAGGAAAGAAAAGGAUGAGCACAAAAAGCAAUGUGGGGAUGUCAUCCAGGCUCUGAGGAAGUGUGAUGCACAGCUGGAGGCUCAGUAUCAGGCCCUCACAGAGCAGCUGCAGAAGGCUGAGAGACACAUGGUCAAACUACAGGAGAAUGUGGAAGUUCUGGCUGCACGUGUAUGCUGCAUACAGGAAGAUCAACAGGAGGCCAUUAAACAGAAAGAUGAGACAAUCCAGAGCUACAAGCAGCAGCUUAGUGCUGGUUUGAAGAGAGAGAAGGCCUUAGAACAGAUACAGGUCCAGGUGGAGCUGGAGUGGCAGAGACGCUGUGAGGACAUGAAAGCCCAGCUCCUUCUUCAGAAUGAACAGCUAAUACAAGACCUGACCCAGGCUAGAGACGAGGCUAAAGCAGAGCUGAAGGAGAAAGAGCAAGAGCUGCAGGAUUUGACUGUCUUACUACGCUCUGUUAAAGCUGAGAGAGACCAAGGAGUACAGGGUCUCACACCAAAGGUAGAUUCUCUGGCACCAGAAGACAUCCACUGUCUACAGCAGCAGAACAGCACCCUGCGGGCUGUGGUUACCCAGAUGAGGAAGGACAUGGAGGGUCUCAUCCCCUCUCCCCAGGACCCACCACAGGACCCUUCCCCUCAUCCAGUUCAGUAUCGCGGAGACCCUCCAGCUACCUCCAUCAGGCCUACAGCUAGCACUCAGAUGGCUACUGGACCACCUGCCAAAUCAAUCUCCUUCAAACUCAGUGCACCAGGUGGUCUGUGCCUGGAAAAGCAUGCCAACAGCUCUGCUUUUGCAAAGCAGGAAGUCAGAGUGACACAUAUAGAGUCUGUUCUCGCCAACCUCAUGGAACAGAGUGCGCUGGUGCAACAGCUCCAAGAGGAAAACCUGUUUUUGCGGCAGCAACAGGCAUCAGGUCUGAAGUCUGGCAGUUUGUUUAAAACUGUGCAGAGUGUUAAAAGCAACACUCCGCUCCAUCAUACCAGGCUGAAGCAGGCAGCGUCUUGUAUUGCUCGUCUGACCAGAGAGAAACAGCAGCUGAUAGAGUUGGGCAACCGCCUCCGUGCCAAGGUCCUCACUGCUGGACUACAGGAACCAGUGGAGCCAGAGAGGGAUUCCUCCACAGAGAAACAAGGAGACCAACAUGGCCAACUGUCUGCUUUGGAACAGCUGCAGUACCAGCUCACCACACAGGAGUUGCAGUGUGCACUGAGGCAGAGGGCAUGCACUUCUGCAGAACUUCUACCUGGAACCAAUAACCGAGAACCUGACACAAAAGGGAAUGCCAACCCCUGGUCCCAGGAGCACAAAACCACAGACAGACCUGAGAGCUGCAAUAACAAAGAAAACAUGCUCAGCCUAUGCCAGGGCUCAAUGGAUGUGGGGCUGCAGCCCAACUCAGGUCUGUCCACGUCUCUGUUGUCAUCAAAGAAGUCACAGCAGUCGCUGAAGGAGCUAUGGGAGAUACUGGACCAUGGAUUCAGUCCAUCAAUUUUCUCAGAAGGUGAGGGUGAGCUGAGCAGGAGGGAGGUGGAGGAGUCUGGUGCUGUGGGUGUCCAGAUGACUGUGCAUGGUAUUAGAGCUCCAAUCCAUAGCCAGCUCGCAAGUGAGGCCCAGCAGAAGAAAAACCCUAAAACCCCAUCAAACGUGGUUAAGACCAGACGACCUGGAUCAGCUGGCAGUAUCUGUAAGAUCAGAAACUACAAUGUUAAGGACUGACACACUCACACACACACACACACACACACACACACACACACACACACACACACAAACACACACAACAGUCUGUCUCACUCAGCCUGUGAAGGCAGUUGUAUAAAAUCUUCUAUGGUUUUGGAAUAGCUUUUUCUAGUCUGAGGAAAUAACCCUGGUUGGUGAUGUCAUCAGGAUUAUUUCUGUCACAAAUUCAUAAAGUAACACCCGUAUUAUAAAGAAAUGAUUUUUG